CGCGCGGUGUGACGAAUGAAAAGCUGGAGCCUAUAGAUCAGUGCGAGGCUCUUUAACCGGGUAUAACCAGUCAGCCUUAAAGGAAACAUCUCCAGCCACAGUGGGUCCGGCCGAGCGGUGAAGGUGUGAAAAGCGACGCAAACAUGAGCGACAAGGGGACAGUUUCACCUAAAGAGGAAACAGGGAAGAGGGGGCGUGGAAGACCCCGCAAGCAGCCCCAGGUGAAGCCCGCUGACGAACCAAGUGGGUCCCCGACUCCAAAGAGGUCCAGAGGACGGCCAAAGGGCAGCAAGAACAAGUCAUCUGGCAAGGGCAAAAAGGCGACGGCAGCAGCAGCUCCAUCUACAGGAGCAAAACGCAGGGGAAGGCCCAAGAAGGAGGUGAGUUGAGAAGGAGGAAAAGGCGUCCCAGGAAUCAUCCGAGGCGGAGGAGGAAGAGGACCAGUAGUUCCCAACGCAUGCUACCUCACUCAACAUACUGACUUACUGUUAACCAGAACUGGGCUGUAUCUCCAACACCAGUGCCACCACAUGACCACUGUUCACGACAGGGCCCCUCUUUGCCAAAAGGAGGGCUUAACACAGUAAAUAAUCAUGCAACAGCACUGGAUAGACAGAUGGACUUUGCUCAAGCAUAGAUCUCAGAAUUACAUGAAAGGUGUCAGCCCUUUUCUUCUACGUGUCAUGCUAUCACAAGUCUUUUAUACUGGACACAGGUGUGCUCUACAGAGCCUGGAUGUUUCUGUUUCCCCCCCUAUAAGAUGGUUUCUAGGACAUUUUCUCUGCUCCGUGUUACUUACUUGUCGUUCCCCGCAUCUGAGAUGGUAGGGCAUAUAGAUUUUUCUCCCAUGUUUUGUACUGGACAAAGGUGAAUUUUACCGAUACUUGUGUGUUUUUUUUCUUUGUCGUGUGUUCAUGUGAAGUGGUUGACCAUUGCAAUCACGUCUGUAGAUGGAGUUGAGCUUCAGCGUUUAGGAGGAGAAUAGGUAACGGCUGGUGUGUUUGUUCUUUUUUCCACCCCUAACCUCAAUCCCAUCGUCUCACCAGUAGAGCAGAACCAUCUCCCCCCCCCCCCCC